AUGAUAUUCACCGACCUCAUCCUCUUCACCUUCCCCUUUCCCUUCCCCUUGACCAGGGAGAACAACGAGGGCGAACCACCCUGCUCCUUCUCAGAGUUACUGCCCUAUGCCGGUCCCGUUCCCUUAAACACGGUCCCCAAUCCUCCCCGGCCGCCUACACCUGGACCGACGCCCAGACCGGGACCGUUGGCGCCGAGACCGGAUGUGCCGAGUCCACCUCCUACUCCGAGGAAGUGA